AAUCUCUAAGCGUACCGCUAAUUCGCCUUCUUUGUGUGUCUCUCUCACCAUGGCAUAUGAAAGAAGACAGUCCUCAGUGUGUGCUGCCUUCACGCUCUCGCCUCUUCCAUAUCAUGUGCUGCUGAUACUGCUAAUGGUCCUCGGCCUCCUAAGUCUCUCAUGGUUCUUCAACUACGAGUCCUUCAUCGACGACGCAGAGGAGCAAAUGAGUUGGGCGCUCCUGGUGAUCCCGGUGUUGCUUAUCCUUGUCAUCCGAUGGCUGUCCUCGAUCGAGAGGCUUGAUGACAGCCUGCUUGGCCUCUUCUCGUACGACCAUCGCCGGAGGAGCUACUACAACGGCAGCAACGAACGACCGCAGGUGGGAAGCUCGCCGUGGGGCGUCGCGGCAGUCGUCGUCUUGUUGCUGAUCCUCGUCUACUUCCAGUCUAGUUUUCAGGAUAUGUGGGGGCCUUGAUUCUCUC